AAUGAAAACUCCAUUUGGACUCUAAUAAUAUUUUGCUACUAAAUAAGCUUAACAUCAUCAACUACUGGAUGAAGAAUCUGAACAUUCACAUAAGAUGUUAAUCAAGGAAAUUGAAAUUGAUGCAAAUAUGUGUAAGAAAUAAGCUUCUCUUAUACUUGAUAAUACUCCUGUCUAUUUUCCUCAUUAGCCUUAUGAUGUAUAAAAAAGCUAUAUGGAAAGUGUGAUAAGAGCCUUAAAUAAGAAAUAAAAUGCAUUGUAUAAUAUUAAAAUCAAUUAAGAUUAGAUUAGAAUCACCAACAGGAACAGGUAAAACUUUGUCUUUACUUUGUGCUUCUUUAGCAUGGUUAAAAAAGAAUAGAAAAGAUCAAUUAAAUUCUGAUUAACCUAAGAAUAUUAAAAUUAUCUAUUCUUCAAGAACACAUGCUCAAUUAAAACAAGUGGCUAUGGAAUUAAAGAAGACUGUCUAUAAACCUAAUGUUUCUAUGCUAGGAUCAAGAGAUUAAUAUUGUAUAAGAGGGGAUUUUAGUACAAUAAAAGGGACUUUAUUAAAUUAAAGUUGCCGAAAAUCAGUCAAAUCAAAUUAAUGUCAAUUUUAUAAAAAAGAUCAUCUCAUACUUAUGGCUUAAAAUUAUAGUACAUUAAUAAGUAGUUUGGAAGAAGCAAAAUAAUUUGGUUAUAAAAAUAAAUUAUGUCCUUAUUAUUUUGAGAGAUAAAGAUUGGAUUUUGCAGAUCUUAUUUUACUUCCAUAUAAUUAUCUAUUAGAGAAAGAUUUUUAAGAUGUAGUUGAAAUUGAAAAUUCCAUUUUAAUAUUUGAUGAAGCCCAUAAUGUUUAAUCUACAGCUGAAGAUGGUUCUUCAUUUCUUAUAACUCAUAAUAAUAUUAUAGAAGCUGAAAAAGAUCUUGAAAAAUGGAUUGAUGAAUUAGAAUCAAUCUCGAUCUUUUAUGAUUAAUUGAAAGCUAAAUUGAAUUCAGCCAAAGUAUCUUCUGAAUUAAAAGAAUUUAGAUCAAUCAUGAUAACAAUUAGAGUAUUUGCAUAAUAUUUGGAAUCAUUUAAAAAUAAUCAAUUAUAAUUUAUUAAUUCUGAUAAAGAAGAGAAAUAUUUGAUUUUAGAUGCUCGUUAAAUAUAAUCUAUGAUUUUUGAGAACACUUAAGAUAAAGAAAACACCUUUAGAUUAUGGACUGAGAAUUCUUAAACUAAUUAUGCAAAAGGAGUUAAUAAAAAUAAUUUUGCAAAAUAUCUAAUUCAUUGUUCUAUUUUAAUCGAAAUUAUGGGUGAAUUAUCUCAAAUUCCUGGUUAUCAUUUUGAAUCAUGGGUUAAAUUUAUGAAAAAUGUAUAUGAUCUAAUUAAAGUUGAAGAUGAAAGAGAAAAACAAAAAUUAUCAUUAAACUCUUUAUAAAACGAGUUUAAUUAAUACAAAUUAUCUUUCAUUCUUGACUAAUCUAAUUAAUUAUCCAUUAAUAUGUGGUGUCUUGAACCCUCACUUGCCUUUUCUAGGUUAUUCAAUAAAAGUAUAUACUCAGUCUUAUUAACCUCUGGUACACUAUCCCCUAUGCCAUCAUGGGCUUGUGAAUUACGAAUACCAUUUGAUGUUUAAUUAGUUAAUGAACAUAUAAUUGAUUUGAAUAAAAAUCUUAGAGUUUUUUAGCAUAAAGCUUUUGAUUUUUCAUUUAAUUAAAGAAAUAAUGAAGAGUAAAUUAGUAAAUUUGGUGUUACUCUAUUAAGUUUAUGUUAGAUAAUUCCAAAUGGAAUUCUAGUUAUUUUUUCAUCAUAUAGUCUCAUGAAUAAAUUUAGAAGCAAAUGGACAUACAAUAAAUUAUUAACUAGGUUAUGUGAAAUCAAAGCAUGCUUAUGGGAACCAUAAUAAAGUGCAGAAAUGUAGAAUAUAUUUGAUACAUAUAAAUAAAAGGCUAAAAAAGGUGCUAUCAUGUUUGCAGUCCAUAGAGGAAAGGUUGCUGAAGGAAUUGAUUUUUCUGAUGAAUUAUGUAGAGCUAUAUUUUUAGUUGGUGUUCCCUAUCCUCCCAAAUAAGAUAAUCAUCUAUUAGAAAAAAUGGGCUACUUAGAUAAAAUCUUUAAUGAUCCAGAAUUUACUAAUUAAUAAAGAAUAAGAAGUUCUGAAUGGUAUACACAAUAAGCUAUACGUGCUACUAAUUAAGCAAUGGGAAGAGUUAUUCGACAUAUAAAUGAUUAUGGGUAUAAAUAUUUUAAUAUUAUUUUUAAGUAUUGUUUAUCUAUGUGAUAAAAGAUUUGAAUAUAAAGACAUAAAAUAAGGAUUAUCAAAAUGGGCAUAACCAGCCAUAUAGCCUUGGAUCAAUGAUGAUGAAAUAAUUAAGCAUACAAAGGAAUUUUAUAACAGAACAAUUUCUAUUAAAGAAUAAUGUAUAAAAGAGCAAAUUGAAUAAAAACCUAUUUAAGAAUAAGAUUGUAAAAAAAGAAAACUUUAAUUUUUUGGUUUACAAAAUAAAAAUGAUUUUGAAAAAUUAAAAGAUGAAACUUAAGAUAGAAUGAAAAAUUUAAAUGAACAAUCAAAAUAAAAUGAAUAUAUCAAUCUUCAAAGUUAUUAAAUGAAUCAUCAUCUACAAGAAUAAUAAUUUAAAAAUUCUAAUAAAAAUUAACAAAAAGAUUUAGAAAUUUUGAAUAGUUAGAAUAUUAAUUUUUCUAAUUUAGAUCGCAAUAGUAUAUAAUAAACAUAAUUAAAAAUGGAUAUUGAUGAUGAUUAAAUUUCAAGAAUUGAAUCAAAAAAGAAAAAGUUAUGUAUAAGAUUAAAAAAUUAAAAAUGA